GAUACUGAUUGAGACUCUUCGACGGAAAUCAAUUGAAGAUUAAAAAUGCAAAUAUUAGGUUUUACGUUUAGAAUAUUAAUGAUUUGCGGAUGCUGGAUACCAGAUUCCUGGACGUCGUAUCAACGGUCAGUUUAUCACGUGUACACUAUUUUUGUAAUGUUACUAAUACACACGUUUAUGUUAUCGCAAUUGGUGGAUCUUAUUAUGAUCGUGGACAAUUCCGAUGAUUUCACCGAUAAUUUCUACGUGCUACUCGCUAUGAUUGUUUCUUGCUGUAAGAUGUUCGCUCUAUUAAUGAAUCGCAGCAAUAUUGAGAUGUUAAUCGAGGUUCUUGUGAGUAAACCGUUCCAACCGGUUGAACUUGACGAGGUGAAGAUUCGGCAGAAAUUUGAAAAACUCAUACAGUCGAAUACGCUUCAUUAUUUUAUCUUAGUCGAGUCAACGUGUCUAUCUGUUGCUGUGACGUCAUUACUGACGGAAUUCGGGAAAGGAAAUUUGACGUUCCGAGCAUGGCUACCGUUUGACUAUUCCUCGCCGCUACUUUUUCCAUUCGUAUACGCUCAUCAAUUGAUAAGUUUUACAAUUGGAUCUGUACACCAUGUGGCUUGCGAUAGUCUCAUAUGCGGAUUCCUCGUGCACAUUUGCUGCCAGAUAGAAAUACUGGAGCACCGUUUGAGGAAAAGCGUAUAUGAUCCUAACAUUAUUCGCGAAUGUGUUCUUCAGCACAACCAUAUAUUCAAAUUUGCUCGUACAGUAAAUGAAAAAUUCAGAAUAACUAUAUUUGUCCAGUUUGUUGUGAGUACAUUGGUGAUGUGCUUUAAUUUGUAUCAAUUUACCAAGUCAUCGGCGUUAAAAACAAAGUAUAUGCAAUUAAUAUUGUAUACGUGCUCCAUGCUGUCACAAAUCUUUUUCUAUUGUUGGUACGGGAACGAAGUUAAAUUGAGAAGUCGACAGUUAAUAAAUAAUGUGUUCGAAAUGGAUUGGUUUAAAUUCAAUAAAAACGCUCAGAAAGCUUUAUUAAUGAUCGUAAGACGUGCUGCAGUUCCAAUUGAAUUUACUAGCGCCUCUGUUAUUUCUAUGAACCUGGAUUCAUUCGUGGGUUUGCUCAAGACAUCGUAUUCAGCUUAUAAUAUACUUCAGCAAACGCAAGGAUCGUAAUGUUGGACACAUGUAGUAAAACAAAAUAUUGGUGUAAUAUAGUACGCAAUGUGAAUCUAUGGCUGCGGUCGACUUGACGCUACAA